GAGAGAGAGAGAGAGAGAGAGAGAGAGAGAGAGAGAGAGAGAGAGAGAGAGAGAGAGAGAGAGAGAGAGAGAGAGACCAGACUACUCACGGAGCCACGCACCCUGCCAGCAGUGACUGGGUUUUACUAUUAAAGCUGAUCAGCCUGGCUGAGCUUUUCAUUGUAGCCACGCCACUCCUUGGGCAUGUUCUUUCCCUCGACACGCUGCCAAAGAUGUCACAGUCCGACGCAGAUAGAAAGACGAUAACAUGACGGGGAACCCAACCAUCAGACUGCUAGUGAAUAGUUUCGUGCGCUCUCCUCUCCUCUGCACGCCUCCGUCCUUUCCCUCGGCAAUGUUUUGUUUCAUUCUUCCAUUACUCAACCCCGCCGUCUGUCAUUUAUGAACUUUUAGCGCCGCUGUGCAACAGUUUCUCCGCUCCCAGUGCGCGGAAGACUAUGAAGACCACGCGGAAAUGCCGCGCGUUGCUCUCGGUUGGACUCAACCUGGUCGCGCUGUUUUUUUCCACCACCGCGUUCAUUACGACGUACUGGUGCGAGGGCACUCAGCGCGUCCCCAAGCCCAACUGCAGCAAGCAGCGGCGGCACAACUGCAUCGACAGCGACAGGAACGAGACAGACAAGAGCAAGGUCCACUACAGCUGGGAGACCGGAGACGAUCGCUUUCUGUUCCGCCGUUUCCACACCGGGAUCUGGUACUCCUGUGAGGAGAACAUUCACGGUCCAGGUGAGAUGAGAACGUUUCUGUUAGUUAGACUCAUAAUGAGUCAUUAG